AUGGAUGACUACGACCGGGAACCUUCUAUAGCUCUUGUCGAUCAUUCUGUUUUAACCCGCAGUGCAUCCCGGAUCACCCCUCCCUCACGGCAAGGACAGCAGCAUACACCUCCAGUUUCCUCUCGCCCGAGACGUCAACCGACCUAUGUGGCCUCUCCAGCUAUACAAGCAGCUCACGCUUAUCCUUUGGACGCGAGGUUGUCGGAUUAUAUGCGUCAGGUUCAAGGAUUGAAUGCGGGUGCAUCUCAUCAGCCGAGAGGAGAAAGGACUGCGUUAUGGCCAGGACAGCAUGUACUCGGGCAAACGAUUCUACCUAUCACGGAACGACCUGCUGAGACUGUCGACAGCCUUGUUCUACACGCCCAACGAAUGCAAGCGUGGGUUUUCGAUCAAUCGAGGCCUCAGCCUGCGACGUCUGGUCAACCCGCACCAGCUAACUACAACUAUACUCCCGAAGAAGUUCACACUGCAUCCGCCGAAUCACCACCAGGAACAUACGUGGCGGAGGGAGGCGCGACCCAACAACAUGUCCCACGGUCGGAGGCUGCUCCAGUGUCACCACAGGCCGCUCCGGAACUUCCCACUGAGGCUCCGACAAGUCACAUUACGCAACAACCACCACUCGAACGAACUAAAAGGACGAAGCCUCAACAGUUUGUGCGUGAAAAUCGCCCCGAGGCGCCGGUGAAGCCUGUCGCGCCAUCACGCAAUAGUACUCUACCGCAGAUCCAGGAUUCCGUCGCUACACUUCCGCAAAUACUUGGACAUUCUCUCACUCAGCAUCGUGCUUCUCAACGAAGAGGAUUGGUGAAACCGUGUUUGCGUUCACCACCACCGCACUCCCCUCUACCCGAUCAAAAGGCGAAUCAGGAACUAGAAGCACUUUUCGAACAGUUCAGGGAAUCUGACAUCGAAUGUGACUCAGAACCUGCUCCGCACGAGUACCGCCUCGAACUACACGUAAACAAACCUGGCAGCGGUCGCAAUCUUCAUAUAAACCCGAUUGGCUGGCGUCGUUUAUGUCCGCUUUCCAUUGAUGCAGGCAUGAGCUACAAAGAGAAAUGCAUUGCACAAUUUCGCCUAUCUGAUCCCUUCCCGGAGGAGAGAGAGGAGGUGCUAUGGGAGAGAUACUGGAAGGAGAGGAGGGCGUUGGAGGAGCGUCAAAAUCCGAGACUUUACGACAGAGCCCUGUGUGGAGAUCGAUAUUUGCCCGCGAAUUACACACCACCCAAGCAUGGAUACAUUGAUGCCAUGCGCUACAAAGUUCAUUGUACGCCAUUCGAAGUCUUGAUCAAAGCUGGUGUGGAUAGGAACUGGGCGAAGACAUUCUGUGAUGGAGUGAUGCUUGCAUACAGACAGGGUGAUCUCAAACCUAAGGGCGCCCUUGUAACGCGUAUUUACCUCCCUUACUCUCUCCACCGAAUCGAAGUCGGCGUGGUGACGCGGGCUGGGCCCGAUCGCACGGAUAACGUCUUCGCUCUGGGAUAUCGCCUCCUCAAAUGUGACCGACCCGUCCCCAGCGACAGUGCUUAUGAUGUGAUGUUCAAUCGCGACAUCGGCCAAGUCUUCAGUUAUGACAGGUGGCGAAGCCUGGUCUGGACUUGGUGGGAGCAGCGCGAAGACGGGCCUGAACGUUGGUUUCGUGAUCCCAUGGAGGCUGCCGAUAUUGAUGCGUUCGUGAAGAAUCUUCAGUUGUACAAGUACAUCCAAGACCCAGUUAUCAUGAGACAAGUUUGUUUGAAGUUCUUGCUUGCUUGCCUCGCGUCUGAUCUGCAUAUCCCGGCGACAGAGCGUGCUGAGCCUCACAAUUAUGGGACAUACACUAUGGAGUUUGCUACGUCUAUGAUGUGUAAAGAGGAUUUGGAGGAAUAG